ACUGAGCUUGCUAUGCAGAUGGUGUCUGAUUUCCAGCCCUUUCACAAUAAAGGAAUUUGACAUUUCUCCUCAAUAAGGAAAGGGACCAGAAGAAGAACGUUCCUGCAAGGAAAGAAUCUCACAAACCACAUCACAGUUAUAUCAGCGUACAGUACUUGUGAGUGAAAUUAUAGAAGCUUAAAUUUUCUGGCAGCAGCUGAGCAGAGGUUAGGAACUAAUUCUGCUGUGCUUUGGGAAAUGACCUGCAUAGCACCUACCCCAUUUUUUUCUUGGAAAUUUUUUCACCUCCACUGUGCCUCUGAAUAUCACUAAUCAAAGUGUUUAGCACUGAAGAAUGCAUAUCAAGUUGUUCCAAGGACCUUUGAUAUCCAACCCAAACUUCAGGCUCUUCUGUUAUCAUGGGCACUCAAGAAAUAACUUAAAAUGGAGACGAUACUCUAUUACUAUUCUCAUCCCCCUUGCAAGAUCCUGGAUGUCAUGUUUCCUUUGAUGACAUGUGAACACUUCUGUUUGUGGGUGCAUGCAUGACUGUCCAGAUACACAUGAAUAAAAGGAUCUAACAUCAGCAAAAGAGACAGUUUUAUGACCAGCUGAUGAUGAACACACUCGGAUUUCCCCAAAAUGGCCUGGUGUCCUGGCUAAGCCAAAAAAGGAGACAACAUAUAGUCAAGUAACAUCUGUUAGGCAACACAGCUAUGUACAAAGAUGUAAAGUCCAGAUACGGGGUUAUUUUUUCAAGGAUUAUGAUACAUUUUCAUGUCAAUGUGAGCAGAGACACUGUUAGCAACACACUACCCUUUUUCUGAUUGCAUAGGAGAUGUGUUGUGUUCAGACACUACAAAUUAAUUAUGUUUUGUCUGCUCUCUCACUCAUUUCUUUACAGUAAAGAGAUCAAACGUAUUACAUUAAAAGCAUCUGUAUGGCGUCUGAAUUAGCAAUCAAGGUUCAAGAGACAACAGAGGGACAAAAUCACAAUGUGUUUGCAAAUCAAUGGAGCACCUGGCUUCUAUAACUGGCUUUGCGCUGGUAGGCAACAAAAGAGGGCAAACACCUAAGACCCUGUAUGGAAGUCCUCCCUGAAAGAGACACCUGUGAACUUGCAGCUUUAUGAAAGGUUCUUCUUACUUGCCCGACUUGCUCUACUUACUUAUUUGAUGAUAAGGUGCCAUGCUGACAAUCAGUGGCAACUGACUAUGAAGCUGCCUGAAGCAUGAAAUUGACCAGCAACCCUGCAGGAGAAAACCCAUGUUCUAAAGGUCCUGCCCUAAAAUUUAGUAAAGCUCAGCAAACAGCAGUAGAUGUUUGUUAAAUAAUAUUUGAUUAAUAAUUUUGACACCAUUCUCUACCAGCGCAUUCAACUAAGGAUAUCCUGGACUAGACUUUGCAUGCCUUAAUUCAUAAUGAGAAGCAAAAUCUUUGAACUCCUCUGACAACAAAAUUUUGGCUCACGGUCUGACAUAACCAUUGGUGGAAUACCAUGUCUUGUAAAAACAACUUUCAAUUUGCCUAUGAGAAGUUUUGCACUCAGAUUUUUAAGUUCAGAUCUCUGGAUAAUGUGAAUAAUGGUCAAGAACAUGUAAAUAUUGAUGCCCCUCCUAUUCAAACAAAUCCAUUCUCACUCUUGAUCAUGGUGCUAAAAAAUCCAUAGGUUGUUUUACUUUAUUCUGAUAUUUGAAGCAUACCUCACAAUCUUUUACAGAAGCUUCUAUAUCGUGAUUUAGGUCAGACCAUCUCCCUGCAAAUAUGCCACAUUGUUAAGGAAUCCCUUCCAAAACUGCAAGUCAACCUUUUUGCUCUGAAAUCUGAAACAUUACAAAUGUUUCUCCAUCUUGCUAAUAUUUUGAUCUAAAUUUAUAUUUCCAGUUGUCAUGUUACUUUUAGGAAGACAGUACUUUUCCUUUGGCGCCUUAUAACCGUUUCUUCAGCAGACAGCUCAAAGGAAUUAUACAGUGCCCACCACAUUAAGAGAAACAGCAAUUUUCUGUAUAUCUGGUUUUUCAUCUGACUGCAUAGCCGACAAUAAAAUCUGAAACUCUUGUUUAAAUAUCUUCCAUUCCUGUGCUGCCUCAAGUGUGAGCAGUAAAGGACAUGGAGCUCCCAAAUAUUCCAUCAUACCUUCACAUAAUAUAUUUCACUCAAUAUACCACGUAUUGUCUUCUAUAUGAAGAUUUAAAAACAAUGUAGUAUUUGGAACAAAUCUUAAUAAGCAAGCACAACAUCAUUCACCAACCUUAUCUAACUUAUAAAGCUAACUAACAGACUUGAGAAUCUAUUCACUUUGAACAUACAAUGACAUUUCAUCACAAUGAGAGGGGAGAAUUCCAUCCAAAUUUGAAAUGACUGGCUGGAGAUAAAAUGGCACUCAAGUCAUAGUCGGGGUCUGUCAGAUGGCUCUUCAGAACAAGUCAAUCUGUGUGUGAAGAGAAGAAGAAGAAGCAGAGCUGGAAGCUGAAAUGUUGUAUGAUACAAAAAGUUGUAUCAUUUUUGUUGUUGUUCCUUCGUGGAGGCCACAGUGGCUGUGAACAGUUUAUGCCAGCAACAGUCCUCUCAAUAAUUUGUGAAUGUUUGGGGACAUCACAGUGUCUCAACAAAUAUCUUGAUGGAGAGGGGGGGGGGGCUUGAGAAUGAGAGGUUACAGCCUUUUUAUGUAUCAGUUAAGGGUUAAGAAUACAAUCAUAAAAUAGAAGCUGUUACAUGAGAUCAUUCUAUGUGAGUUGGCACGUGGUAAUGUUUCGGGAGCUACAUUGCAGUUCAAACACAAGGUGGUGCUCUUACACAACAUACCGUAGAUUAUUUAGUAGUGAGUAACUGCUCUCCCAGAGCCAUAAAUGCAAAGGAAGCAUACAAAGAGAAAGGAAACAGAUCUUCAUUUCAGGCAAAUCUUUCAAAAGGCCACAUUCCAUUAAAAACAAAGCAAAAGAAAUGAAUAAUUGUAUUGGGGAUAUAUAACAGACACAUAACAGACAGCGUCGAAAGAACCACCUUGCAUCAUAUAUCUGAACUGGAAGUAAGGCUGGGAAAAUGGAAGUGCAUCUCAACACCAGGCAAGUUGUGUCUCCUUUAUUAUAUCUUUGCAUGUUUGUAGCAAUGUGUGAGUCCUUCCUCUACUCAGUGCCAGAGGAAAAGAAAAGUGGAUUUCUGGUGGCAAAUGUGCUAAAAGAUUUGAGAGUGGAUGCAAAGGAGCUGUCUGCUCGGAGAGCCCACCUAGUCUCUAAGAGCUCCAAGCAGUAUUUCCAGCUGGAUCCUCAUUCUGGAGAUGUGAUAGUAAAGGAUAAAAUUGAUCGGGAGUCCCUGUGUGGACAGAAUGAACCUUGUGUUCUACUCUCUGAAAUAGUGCUGGAAAAUCCAUUGCAGCUACACAGAAUUGAAGUUGAAAUAGAAGAUGUGAAUGAUAAUUCCCCCCAAUUCUUUAAAAACCAGUUUAUUUUUAAAAUACCUGAGCAGACUCCUGUGGAUAUCAGAUUCCCUUUGGAGAGAGCAGAAGACCCAGACAAAGGAAAAAAUACAGUUCAGAACUACACCCUUAGUCCUAAUGAGCAUUUUAGACUGGAUGUGCAAAGUCACAGUGAUGGUAGCAAACAUGCGGAAUUGGUAUUGGAGAAACCGUUGGACCGUGAGGAGAAUCCACAGAUUGCCCUGAUUCUGUCAGCUGUUGAUGGAGGAAUCCGCCCCAAAACUGGCACAGCACAAAUUAUUAUUGAUGUUCUGGAUGCUAAUGAUAAUUUCCCUCAAUUUGAACAAUCUGAGUACAAAGUAAAACUAAUGGAAAACAGCCUACUGAAUACACUGGUUGUAAAAGUUGAAGCAAGCGACAAAGAUUUUGGUUCCUAUGCAACUAUUACUUAUUCCUUCAGCCAGGUGGCGCAAACGGCAUUAAGAUCAUUCACUUUAAACACACUUAAUGGAGAACUGAGUGUUUCAGGGACAAUUGAUUAUGAAGAAAACACAAAUUAUGAGAUGAACAUCAGAGCUACAGAUGGAGGGGGACUUUCCUCCUACUGCAAAGUCAUUGUGGACAUUGAGGAUGAGAAUGACAAUGCUCCAGAGAUUACAUAACAUCCAUCACCAGUCCCUUACAUGAGGAUUCUCCCCCAGACACAGUGGUGGCCCUCUUCAGUGUCACAGACGUGG